AUGUAUGGAUUCCUCCGUCUGACCUUCUUAUCGGUACUAUCGCAACCACAGAUAAUACAUGCUUACAAACUUAUAAAUCACAUAAAAAUUCCAUUUACAACGUUUUAUAGUGCAGGUAUAUCAUAUUCUACAUUUUCAAAUGAUAACACAUCACACAACACUUCGCCAAUUUCACCCAAUGAAAACAAAAAUGUUGAAUUUAAGGGAAGAUUGAUCUAUAUAAAUGGCACUAACAAACACUUGUACGAUGGACCGCUAGAAACCCUGCUUGGAUCUGACCUAAUAGGGUUGGAUACCGAAUCUCCAAUCAUUCCUUACCGAGAUUCCAAAGGUAAUUUGGCCUCUUUAAUUGACAACCAAAGGCCAUCAUUCACAGCUAAUUGCAGCAUGCCAUGUCCUACCGUCAUUCAAAUCUCAGGCCCAGAAGUUUGUCUAGUUUAUAACCUCAAAUCUAUGGGCAUAACAGCCGAUGAUAAAUUGCCAGAUUCACUAGUUCAAGUGCUAAAAAAUCCAAAUAUCACUAAAGUGUCCCAUGGAAAUUCCGAUUUUUAUCUCCUGAAAAGAUAUUUUGAUGUGGAAUGUAUAAAUACUGUAGAUUUGUACCGUGUAUGCGUAGCAAUUAACUCAAAAUCCAGGUCUCUUCAGGGUGCUGUUGCUAUUUAUAUGGGCUUAAAUCUAGAUAAAACAUUACAAAAAUCAAAUUGGGAUAGCGAACAGUUGACUGAAGAUCAGAUUAAAUACGCUGCCACAGAUGCUUGGAUUUCUCGCGAGUUUCUAAUCUCAUUGAGAGCAAGAUAUGGACUAUCUCGUUUACCAUGUGAAACAUCCAACCAAACUAAAACAGAAGAGAACGCUAGUUACACAAAUAUAGAUAAUUGUCUAACACAAACUAAAGUACCAUAUACAAAUAAUCAAAGUACAUAUAAAGUAUUUGAAGAAUUUAAUGAUUGCCCGUUUGCUUCACUUCUAAACAUUUGUCUAAGCAGAGGUUACGAUUUCGAGUUUAACAAUAUGGAAAAGGGGACUUUAGGUAUUAAAUCAAUACUUUCAGUAACAAUAUUUGGCGAGAAGCUGGUAUCUAAGUCAAAUGAGUGGCAUAAAGAUAUAAUCAGUGCUAGAAAGGAUGCAGCACAACAAUUAUUAGACAUACUAAAUAUUAAAAAGUAG